UUUUUCCAGGGAUCUGAUCCCAGGAUAGCAACGUGUCGUGGAAAGCUACAAAACAAAAGAUCAAAGCUUAAUCAAGAAAUCAAUAAAGAGUUAAGACUGAGGGCUGGGGCUGAAAAUCUCUUCAAGGCGACAACGAAUCGAAAACUCAAAGAAACGGUCGCGCUCGAGUUAAGCUUCGUAAAUUCAAAUUUACAACUCUUGAAGGAACAGUUAGCAGAACUGAAUAGCUCUGUAGAAAUAUACCAAGGGGAAAGCCCGGAGCCAAUGAUGCCGAUGGUACCACUUGGACUAAAGGAAACAAAAGAAAUUGACUUUCGAGAACCCUUCAAAGACUUCAUUCUGGAGCAUUACAGUGAAGAUGGAACUAACUAUGAGGCAGUCAUCGUUGAAUUUAUGGAAAUGCGACAAGCAAUGAGAACCCCAAACAGAGACAACUCUGGUAUAGCUCUCCUUUUCCAAUAUUAUAAUCAACUUUAUUUCGUAGAAAGAAGAUUUUUUCCACCUGAUAGAAGUCUCGGAAUAUAUUUUGAGUGGUAUGAUUCAUUGACUGGAGUCCCCAGCUGCCAAAAAACUGUUGCGUUCGAAAAAGCAUGCGUGUUGUUCAACAUGGCAGCAGUUUAUACACAAAUUGGUGCUAAGCAGGAUCGUCUCACAGAAAAGGGCCUGGAUCAAGCUGUCGAUAGUUUCCUUAGAGCAGCUGGCACAUACACCUAUAUUCAGGAAAAUUUCACAAACGCACCUAGCAUGGAUUUAGCGCCUCACAUGCUCGAUAUGCUGGUCCAUCUUAUGCUGGCUCAGGCACGAGAAUGUUUGUUUGAAAAGUUGGAACUGCAGUCAGAAGAAAAACGGAACAUGGACGUCUGGCUAGAUUUAGCUCAAGAAUCUGCUCAAUUGGCGCAAGUGUACGAGACGGUGCACUCUCUGAUAACAAUGACCUCCGUGCAGGAAUAUGUACCUUACUCUUGGGUGUCACUAGUUCAGGUUAAGGAGCAGCAUUACGCCGGUCUUGCUCAUUUCCACAGUGCAGUCGCGCUUCUUUCCAAAUCCUUGGCUCAGUUCUCUGAAAGAAGCAUAGAUAUGCUCCACUAUCUCCACGUUGAAUCAGACUUUAAAACACCCUCUCAUAUAAAACUGGACAGUGAUGAACGGCGAAAACAUUUAGGUAAAGCCCAUUUGAAGUCUGCCCUGCAGUUGCUCGAAGAAAGUCAAAGAUUACAAAGAAUGUGUCGAGAGCUACGAAGUAAGAAAGCACUAUCCAGAGUUUUAGCAAAAACUGUUGAUAAUGUAAAGGAAACUCUAGCUGACACUGAAGAGGAUGAUGCCUUUAGUGAAAUACUUGAAGCACCUUGUAUUCAGCCCUCAACUAAGUUCCAGCUUUCUUUAACACCGCCCGAUUUUGCACAUUUACCUGUGGAAGAUUUAUUCAAGCAACUAGGUCCUGUGGCAAUAUUUUCUGCGAAACAUCAUUGGACAGCGCCUCGGUCAGUUCGCCUGCAAAGGAGAAACUCGCAUGACACGGGUUUCGGGUUUAGUGUCCGAGGAGACUCUCCUGUAAUUGUAGCUGCUGUUGAUCAAGGCUCUCUAGCUCAUUUUGGAGGAAUGAAGGAGGGUGACUUUAUCGUAGCAAUAGGUAACCAUGAUGUCAAAUGGUCCCAGCAUGAUCAUGUUGUAAAAUUAAUCAAAGAAGCAGGAGACUCCCUAAGCCUGAAACUCGUUUCACCCAUGGACAAGAAUUAUUUAAAGUCAAAACUUAAAUUAAACCCUGGCGAAAGUGGAUGUGGAAGCAGUACAAACAGUAGUUGUAAUGGUGGCACCAAUACGCAAGGAGACAGCCCAAAUGGAUCUGUAAAUACUCACAGAAAACUCACUUGGAACCCUUUUAAAAAACAUCGCGAACGAGAGACAAGUUUCAAUUUUAUAUCGAGAUAAAACUUGUGCCUAUCUACAGUUCCCUCUUUUAAUGGGUCGUUAGUGAAAAAAUGAAUUAAGGUACCACAUUUCAGGUCUCCUCUUCAAAGGACCCCCC